CUACCACCGAUUCGUCACCCCGCUCCGCUGCUGCUGGGCGGGGUCGUGCCCAGAGACCCUCAACCGCCGUCCUUGGCUUCCCCUCCGGCCCAUGCACUCACCGCCUUCCCCCUGCCCCCGUCCACCAGCAGACAGCCCCUCCUCCCUCGACAAUCGGUCUCAUCGCGCCUCAACUUCAACAGUAUCUUCUCGUCUCCGGCCCGGCUUCUGCAGAAGGUCCGCGCCAAGGCUCUGCCUGAACUCAGCUCGGUUCUCAGGCUAGAUCCAUCAGUUCUUCUCUGGUCCCCCGAUCAAAACGGUGCCGAAAAGCACAAAUCCCGUCACCCUAACCCCAAGGGUCACCACAUGUGCCUCUUCUGUCGCCGCACCUUCUCCAGUGCCUCCCUCUACUCCAAUCACCUCAACCGCCCUGUCGCCCGAGUGAUUUACCGCUGUCACCUUUGCCCGCCUCAGCAAGACACCGCACCGACUCCGACCGUCGUGCCCGCCUUGCAACCGCCCUCCCUGGACAACGCGGCGCCGCCCGCCUCCAACCUCUCAGCGCCGAAUCUCUGCGCGCUGUUCGUCCACAUGACCCAGAGGCACGCCAACGAGCCGGUGUCGGCGUGGCGUCUGAUUCCCUCCCGGCUCUCCGUCAAUGCCAUCCCCUGGCUUGUCGGCGCGGGUGACCCGCUCGAAGGCUCGGCCUGUGAAGAGGAGGAGAAUCAAAGUGGAGGGGGUGGCAGCCAGCCGCCCAACCAACAGCUCUACGUUGAGGGACAGGAGUUGGUCGACUUGGGGAACGAUUUGGAUCGAGGGAUAACGAAUCUUCUCCGUACCCAGGAGUUUUGUUUCUUGCCAGCUGGCACCGGGCAGUCGCCUGACACAAGCUUCCUUCGUAUACCCGAUAUUCCAUCGAUGACGGCAUCCUCGUCGUCGUCGUCGUCGUUGUCAUCAUCGAGUCAGACGUGUCCACAGCUCCUCUCCCAGCACGGUCUUCCCCUGAAUCAGUCCUCUUCCAUAUCACACCUCCUCUUUCGACUGGCCGAGGGCUCGGUCUGGAACGGACAAUUCUUCCUCUCUGCAUGGCACGCGCGUGUCACUAAUUCUGGUGCCACUGCCCAGAAAAAUGGUCUGGGAGGCACCCCUUCACCGCCGCCAGCAGCCACCCGGGACCAGGUGGAACAGGCGUACACUGCCUUGCUGGGCUGCGGCCGCAGCAACCCUGACUUCCACAGAGUGUUGCGUUGUCUCAUGUGUGGCGACUUUCGCACCAACUCACCCACCGCCCUGAGACACCAUCUUUCCGGUGUGCCCGGCAGCCCAGACACGGUGCUAGCGAGGUGCGCCUUCUGUUCCCUCUCUGUGUCGCACAACAGUGGACUGUGCUCGGUCAAAGCCCACAUCCUCUUUCAUCUGGGCAUAUUCCUCGUGUGUCCACAGUGUGGCUUCACGCCCCCUCCCGACUUGCCCCCACCCCUGGCGGAAAUUUGCCUCCGACUGCACCUGCGGUUCUCCUGUUUCCACUUCAACGUCGCCAAGGUCUUCGUCUGCACGCGGACCACGUGCAGCGACAAAAUCUUUCUCACAAUGGAGAAUUUCGUCCACCAUUGGUUCGAGGCCCACACAGCGCGCAAGUACGCCUGCCAACUAUGCAGUGGAGCAAAUCUACAGAGUAAGGUGGAGGACACCGGCGAUGGCAAGUUUGCUUUUUGGGUUAUAAGCGAAAUCGCGCAAACCAUGCAUUCCGGUGGGGGUCUGGCAGUGGUCGACUUGACGUGCCGUGCCUGCGCCAAUCGGCUUAAUCCUCGCAACCAGCUUUACUCAUACGACUUUCGCGACUUCGCCGCAGUCUGCUCUCACCUUCAGGAGCGCCAUGCCCUCGCACCCGCCUCCGCCUCCACCUACUCCCAAAUUGGCUACGAGUGUUCCGAAUGCUCCUACAUCACUCCCGUCCCCGUUACCUUUGCUGGACACUUCUCCCUUCAUGUUCCCACUCAGACCGCACAUUGUCGUCCGGGUGACUCCACCGUGGUCGGUUGUCCGACCACCUGUGAGGUAAGGUCGGCCUACAAUUGCUUCGGCGAGUGCAAACGACUCUUCUUCGACGCCAACGAAUUCCGCAGGCACCUGCGUGUCUGUCCCCACGCUGUCGCCGUGCUCUCGCGAACCUUCGGCGAGAACUGCCUCAACAUCACACCGCAGCCAUCGGAGGCGGCUGCGUCGGAGAGCGGAACAGAGUCGGUCUCCCAAAUGACGACGACGACGGUAGCGGAUAGCCCGCUCUGCUUCUGCCUCUACUGUGGUAUCGGCUUGAAAAAACCACCUGUGAGAAGGUCGAGUCAAAGCACUUCUCCUGCGCCACAAAAUCAGGCAGUGUCGUUGCCAGUUCGAGGCGGCAGUGGCGAAGAGAGGGCGAGUGAAAGACCACGAGGCGACGCCAAGUCCACAGUGACAUUUCCGGACCUUGGAAGCCUCCACAGUCAUGAAAUCUCAAACCACGUGGUGUGUGUUGGUGUCAGUGGGCAGAUCGGGUGCCCCUGGUGUGGAGACAAGGUCCAGUUAGUGUCCUCUGAUCCCCUUGAUCACGCCAACGGCCUUGUUGAGCACCUGUCAAUGCACGCGAGGGCCAAUCCUUAUGUUGCUUGGCACCUGGACCGGACACGACGUUUCUCCGAGCGUCCAGGUGACGUAAUUGUCUGUCAGUGUCAGUCGGGCUGCCUGGACUCCCCUCUAGCGCUGAUGGCGCACGCCUCGGCCUUCCCGACGGCCUCCAGUUGCUUCCGAGGACUCCGGAAACGCCGCCAUGAUGAUAACAACCUCCUCCCCUUCCCGAGCCUCUUUGCAGACGAGGAGGCAAUGAACAACACCCCAGACACCCCCACUUCCGGCACCAUCUCCACUGUUAGACCACUCCACCUACCCGGCGGACACCCACCACUAUCCAAGGCAGUUUUCGAACAUCUGCGGUUUGGUGACCACCUCAACUCGGACCCACGUUUGAGACUGUUCGACGAGACUCUUAACGCGGGCUCCGACGAGAACGCCGUGGCAGUGGCCACUGCAAAGGCCUUCCAGUGUCCCAUCUGCAAAUCCGUCGAGGCUACACGCUGGGCCCUCACUGAGCAUGCAUUUUUCUCGCAUUGGCUGCGUCUGUGCUACGUGUGCUGCGACUACAUUCACACCGAGAAGCCUGCCAACUCCAGCGAUGUAGCCAACGCCGCCAGCAUCUGGGACCACGUCUUUGCUUGCCUCACCCAACGCCACAAACUCCUAACAAUGAAGAAUGAACCGGACCACCCCGCACCGUCAUCCUCCGCGCAAAUUGACGAUUGUAUCUGUGGGGAUUCCCUCUCGGGCGAAGUGUCGAUUGUGGAGGUGGAUUUGAGUUCGUCGGACGGGAGAAUCAGCCCCAACAAAGGGCAGCCCAAGAACCCAACGAAGACCACCCUCUACCCUCCUCAUCCUCCUGCCUCGUCCACAGGUGGAACAUCCAAAUCCCACCAUGCCAUCCCAUCAAGACAUUGUGGAGACUUCAUGGGCCUUGUAAGGAAGGAGCCACGCCUGGAGUCUUCUGCGACGUCCUAUCAACGCUGA